AUGGCCGCACCCCUCACGAGCUCGACACGUCCCAACCUCGUACUUUUACUCGCCGGCCCCACCAGUGCUGAACCAGCGUCAGUGCGGCAUGCCUGGGACCUAAUUUACAGGCAUUCCGUCGUAUUUCCGCCGCAGCCAGAUACCCCGGCAGUGGCAGAGAAGGGCACUGUCCAUGUCCUUGGCCAUGCCACUAGCACUGGCGACUCGGAGACUUCUCCGACUAGCCCCACUAUGACACUUGUGGACGUUGAUGAGCCCACUCCCAAGUGGGGCAUCGACUCGGAAAAUCAUCGCCAUGCUGUCAUUUCGCCAUUCAUCGGAGCCAGUGGCAGUAGCGGUCUCAGUUCGUCUGACGCGUCCGGCCAGUUCAUGUUGCUGGAUCGUAUCAUGUCGAAUACAUCCAUCGAUGUGCAUGAUGCGAACAUGCCUCUGAAGACUCAGGCGUACAAAGUGAUUAUGGUCCUCGAUCAAUCUAUCCCAGAGAAUCUUCGGAAAGAAUUUAGCGGCGCGAAGAACAAGCUGACUGCGUUCAAACUCAUAGUCGAUAUAGGCUCCACCUUCACACCAACAGGGCGAAGACUCACACCCAUCAGGAUGGAAGGCAAUUUACGUCAUAACGAGAACCCAUCGCGCUCAAGAUCCCGGAUCGACGAAGACGGCGCUCCGGUGAGAUCUAAUGCUGGGAUAUCGGAACGGGCAGCAUCAAAGAAGCCUGCGCGUCCUGACGCAUUCCAUCCGCCGAGGCACGAAGAGUCGGCACCAGGCCCCUCUCGAUCCUCACGACCCGAGACGCACAGUUUCCAUACUGCGCGCUCGUCUACUCAGGAGAGCACCGUAAACCCGGGCCCUUCUGCGAGGACCGCUGCGGACCGCGACGAUCAACCGUCGUCCCGGCCCAGUAGCGUCCACCUCACCCCGCCAUCUCCCACGCCGAGAAGAGCGUCAAAGAGAGACGAAAUUCACCGGGAGUCCCGCCGGUCGGCUAACGAAUCGAGCAAACGGCGGCCCACCUCCCGGGCAGACGGUCCAGUGGAAAGUACCACGCCGCCCCCGCGGGGUAAUACUUCCCCAUUGCCCGCCCCAACCGCGCGGCACGCGUCGGCGUACGGGUUCUUUGGGCCAGAAAUCCAUUCAUCCACCCCGACGGGGGCCCAUCGCUCGGGGCACGCUGACCCAGUAGGCAGCCUGCAUCAGGAGCCUCUUCUACACCGACCGGACAGUCGUGAAUCUACACGAUCUGCCAGUCGCGCUCAGUCCCAGCGACUGCUAUCCCCCGACUAUCGAGCGAUACUCGAGCAUCAGGCCGCCCUGAACUACCAGGCGAGUCAGCGCAAUGAGCAGCUCGCUGAAAACGCCAUCGAGAUGCGAUCGUUUGCCCACCGAGGACACAGCUUCGUAGUCGAAUAUCUCAAUGACGUCAACGCUAUGAGCUCGCGGCUGAACCGAGUACUAGGCGAUAACGCUCGCACAGUUAAGGACAUAGCCAACGAGAUGAACAUUACCCGGCAAAUACUAGGGGUACCAAUUCCGGCUCCGCAUCCUGAAAACUCCGGUGCUCAAGCCCCACCUCGAUCCGCCAGUGUACCCGUAUCUGAGGGAGGACGAUCAUCUGUCACUCUGGGCCACGAGGAUUGGAGCCCACUAGGUCCUAACCCCUCGCCACCCCACGAGCAUAGAGAUACCCCUCCGCACUUGGGUGCCCGGCCCGAGUCGGGACAGCGUCAACGGUCACCGGGAGUGCACCAACACCCUCCGGGGCCCAACCACACUGCGGGACCGUAUGGAGAACGAGUAAUCUCGCCCCGAUACCAUGGCGAGAAUAUCGAUGAAUACAACGACAGAAUGCGCCGGGGACUCGACCGCCACACCCGAGUGCGGUCUGCGAUGCGCCCCAUCCCGGAAGAGCACGCGAAUGAACGCGUCCGAUUCGCUGAGCCUGAUCACUCGCACUCCCCGUCUGCGCGAAGCCCUCGUUUGGGCGACGCGCCAUACCGGGAUCCCCGCGAAUAUCUGCGGGAGUACGGGCCUCGACGAUCCGACGGAUACGCGCCUCAACAGUUCGCGGUGCCGCCCGAUGACGGCGGAUUCGACGCUCGUCAAUGGCCUGGCAAUUCGAUUUCCACCGCGGCCCACCUGCGUCCGCGACUCGCCACUACUACCCUGGAUCCUCGGAUGCCUAUGCCGCCAACGAUGUAUGGGUUACCAGGCCCUGCCGGGAUAACAGAUGUCCCCACUGCCGUAAACAGCGUUGCAGUAGGGACGGUUCGCUAUCAAGACGCUAUGCUUACCCAGCUGUGUCGGAACAUCCGAUUCAAAGUGGGCGUUCGGCGCCCCAAGCUCCCCGACGGGGCUAAGUUCCCGAAGAUAGAUGGGCCGGGGAAAUACAAUGGUGAUAACGACCACCGAGUAUUCUACACUUGGCUCGAUGGCUAUCUGAGCUGGCUCCGGGCGUAUAAUCUAUGCGGGGACGAAACUGAUGAUGAGCGUGUACGACUCAUGCGCACCUUCCUCUCCGGACCAGCGGAAGAGUGGUUCAGUCAGGAAGUCGACCACCCGUCGCUGUCAUAUCAUCCGGGAUUCGAACAAGCCAUCUGUGCAAUGCACCGCCGGUUUGUACACGCAAGCUCGGCGGCGAAGGCUACCCAAGACUUUGAGAACGUUAAAUACGUUGCAUCAGAGGGCGUGGAUAGCUUCGCUGCUAACCUCCGGCAGGCUGGGCAACUCAUGGUGGUACCCCCGCAUGAGUACGAACUCGCUCGACGGUUCCUCAACGGAUUACCCACUGAGAUUUAUAACGUUGUGGUGGUCCACAGAGGGCUGCGCUCCGAGUACAUGCCAUUGGCAGACAUCUUGGAGCAUGCUCGCCAAGUCGAGGAAUCCCGUCGCAUGCUACGCGCGCGCGACAAAAUUGAUCGCACCUCGACCACAAUGGCGCAUAGUCGGAGCGAGGAUAAACGUCCCGCAUCGGCUAACCGGCGGGAACCAUAUCGUCGCGAUGAACCUCGCGUACGAUCCGCACCCCGGGCAGGGUCUAGGGACGACGCGGCCCGCGCGGUGGCUGGAGGGAAUAACCGACCUCGCGUCCCCGCUAACGGCGGAACCUGUUUCGCGUGUGGCAAGCCCGGCCAUUUCGCGAACGAUCCUGUAUGCUCGGAAUUCGGCAAACGUAUCGACCGGCCUGGUAAACCCCAGGCUCGGUUACAUGCACAGCGCCUGGACUACGAUGGCGACGAUGAGCUCAUUUCCGAGGCCGGAUCUGCAGCUGAGCGAGAAGCACCGCUAGCUGAGGAUGAUGGUUGGGCCGGGUCGCAAUACGAUUCUGGCCCCGCAUCAGAGGACGAAGCAUCCGAAGUCGAACGAAGGAAACUGCAGACCAACCUAGCAGGGACCGUACCGCCCAUGCUACCAUGUCAGGGUUGGUGA